AUGACGGACUUCGCAGACCCAGAUGUCACGGCAGCUUCAUCGGCGGAGCCCGUGCAACAAUACAGAAUUCCUCUCGCAGACCUCGACUGUCUCGUCAGUACCUUCACGGGAACGGUUAUCGACUACCGCAUGCCUUGCACAGCAGCCGAGGGCCGAUACUGUCAAAUCCUCAGCAGCCUGUCCGUUUGGAACGAAGUAUUGUGCCAGGCGAAAAUAGAAUUAAAGCAAGUGCCGAGGACGCCUGGUCACCUCGCCGUGACGAUCAUUGACGGCACGUUCGUACGAGACCACUCCGUCGAAAAUCUCCAUCGCGCCGCCACCCUGCUCUACUGGCUCUUGACGGGGCAUCGUUGCAUCACGGAGGUCGAGUUGAGUUGCGGUAGGCUGAAUAUUUACGAAGGGCUGCUUUGCGCUGCCUUCCAACAAAACACAUCCGUGAAAAAGUUGAAUCUGCGAGAGACAGGCAGCCUGGGACCGCACAAGGACAUUUGCAUGGCCAUCUCCUCUAUGACGCGCCUCGAAGAGCUCGCAUGCGACACGGGUUCACAGUGCAGGGAAACGUUUGCGUCCGUCUUGUCGAUUCUCGUUCGCACAACACAGUCACUGAAAGUACUGCACAUUGGCAACUUGCCGAUCGUAGGAAAAGAUGCAAUCACGUUUUUGACGGCCCUUUCUGGAAACUCCACCAUCGUGGAGAUCUCCCUUAACGGCGUCGUCGCGACAGCUCGUCGGCGGGACAAGACCAGUCCGUUUAGGGAAUACCUCACUAACACGAGCGCGUUAAGGAAACUUUGCGUCUCUGGCUAUGGUAGAUACCCAAGGAACAGUAUCCAGGAAGUUCUCUUCGGUCUUUUAGAAAACAAGAGGAUCUCCGCGGCACACUUCAAAGACGUUCGCUUUUGUGCAGAGAGUUCAAGGCUUUUGACGAAGAUACUUCAACAAGACAGGGUGUUCUUAAGCUUAGAAGUUACUUUUGAAAGACCCUACCGGCUUGUGGAGCUGGGAAAUACUUUGAACAGCUUGCUGGUUUCGUUGAAGGAGAACGAAACUGUGGAGGAACUUACCUUACCUUCCCAUAUAUGGAAUUCAAAGCAAUGGGAGAGCUUCUUCUUGGCCGUGCGAAGCAAGAGACGGCCAAAGAAGGUGACGAUAAGAUUGCCCUUCACUAGUGCCUAUGAUCUACAGGGUCUUUGUAAGGCUGUAAUGGAAACUGGAGUUGAAGGAAAGGUGUUCUUUGAAAACAUGUCCGCCGGGGAUUAUUACCGGGGCAACGGUGAGAUCCUGCAAUGCAGGGCAUUCUCAGACAUCAUCGCGAGUUCUUCAAAUGCGGCGGGGCGCGAAACGCUUCGGACCAUCGCGCAGACGCUUUCCACCUUGAGCCACAUCACCACGGCGAUACUAAACAUCGACGCAUCGUACUACGACGGAGCGCUCGCGUCAGCUCUCGGACACUACAUAGGCUCGACGACGGCGUUGCGGGUGCUUAAGCUGAAGGUUUACGCGUACCAAGUUGCGCAGCGGGCAGAUAACCUACACUGGACGCCCAUAUUUGAAGGACUAUCAAAAAACGGGAGCAUAAAAGUCCUGGAUCUGCAGCCACUCUGCGUCGGAAACGCGGACGCCGAAAUGCUGGCCGAUGCAGUGAAGUCCAGCAGGAGCAUCCGGCGAUUUUCUUUUCGGGCGGCGGGUAACGCCACGGUCUUUCUGCGAAAACUCUCCGUGGACAUCGACAAGAACUACGUUUUGCUCGACGUCAUGAUCCCCGUCUGCAUGGAAGAGACGUGGUUUCGUGUCCAAGAAGUGGCGCGCCGUAACCAGAGCCUCGUGGCGCUCGCAUCAUAUUUCCGGCCUGGGUUCAACUGCGACAAGCGCGUCGCCGCGGCCCUCGAACGUGUCGUGCACCACCCAGCACUCGUCGCGGAGGUCGCCGAACUGACGACCGUCAGUGAGGCCGAGGCGUCGGACGCGAUUCGAGCCGCUGUCAGGACUUUCCAAGGCCUUCACGACUUCAUGCGAAUCACGGGCGUCGUGAGGGAGAGAGUCACGUGUCACCCGAGAGAUGACGGGUCUACCCAGCUGGACGACCUCAACGACUACUGCUGGCGUAGCGUGAGGCGCUACGUCAGUCUCGACGACGUCCGCGACUGACGACCACUUCGGCCCCAGCGAGAAACCAACUAGGCUAAAAUACCGAGUUCGCUGUUCCGUACGGGGUCUCCGGUGUAAAAUGGUGCACCAAGUUUUUUUUUUUGUGUAAGCAAUUAAAGGGUGUGUAUGUGUGCAUGUCGCAAAUCGGAAACGGUGCCUUUGCUCAAGACAUCCACCCGGAUACUUAAGCGUAUCGCUAGUUCCCCCGCUGAACGUUCAUUUCGUUUUGACAAUUCGCUCCAAGGGAAUGGUAUAUCAUGUCAUCGUUAAUUUUUUGACGGAGCGAUUCACAUUGCCCCGGCCUGUUGGUGCGCAAAUGCGUGAAAACUAGUGCAUCUGAUCAUGCUGUAUGGUUCUGUGCAGGCUUCCUAAUUUCGACAGCGUUCAGUCUGAAAAAAAAAGAAAGAAAUAGAAGUUUUGAUUUUUCAUUUAAUUCAAUAACCGGAAACUUUAUGCUCUGAUGACAUACCGUUGAGUGGGUGUUUUUACAUUUAUGGCUGC